AAACCUCCAUUCCAUUCCCCACCUCUCAUUCGUCUUCUAGCUCCAUCCGUCUCGUCUUCUCCAUUGCAGCUCGAGCAAGCUAGCUCUGCAUCCGUCCAGUGCACGGAAGAAAGUUUGUGAUUGACAUUUGAUUCGAGGAUGUUGGCCAUCUUCCAGAAGCAGGUGGCGCACGCGCCGCAGGAGCUCAACAGCCCCCGGAGCGGCGUCGCCAAGCCCAAGAACCCCGACCAGAUCCUCCGCGAUUUCCAUGCCGCCCACCCCGAGGACGCCUUCUCCACCUCCUUCGGCGGUGGCGCCGCCCUCGCCUGCGUCGCCGCGCAGCCACGCACCCUCUCCGGCUACCAGAGGAUGUUCUGCGGACUGGACGACAUCUACUGCGUCUUCAUGGGGAGCUUGGACAACCUGAGCAGCCUGAUGCGGCAGUACGGCCUGACGGGCCGCUCCACCAACGAGGCGCUGCUGGUCAUCGAGGCCUACCGCACCCUGCGCGACCGGGGCCCCUACCCGGCGGACCAGGUCGUCAAGGACCUCUCGGGAUCCUUCGCCUUCGUCGUCUUCGACAGCAAGUCCGACGGCGCCGUCUUCGCCGCGCAGAGCACCGACGGCGGCGUGCCGCUCCACUGGGGCGUGGCCGCCGACGGCUCCGUCGUCAUCUGCGACGACCGCGCCGUGGUGAAGGCGGGGUGCGGCAAGUCCUACGCGCCCUUCCCGGCCGGCUGCAUGUUCCACAGCGAGGGCGGGCUCAAGAGCUUCGAGCACCCCAUGAACCGCCUCAAGGCCAUGCCCCGCGUCGACAGCGAGGGCGUCAUGUGCGGCGCCAACUUCAAGGUCGACGCCUUCACCAAGAUCAACUCCAUGCCGCGCGUCGGCAGCGCAACCAACUGGGCCGCCACCUGGGACGACGCCGCCAUCUGAUCUGAUCUGAUGUCUGUCUGACGCACGCAUGGAGUCGCCGCGCGCGGCACCCAGCCUAGCGUAGUAGUAGUAGCCAAGGCGGCCGGCGUAUCUCGGUCGUCGGCGGACUUCUCGAUUUGGGCUUACAUUUUCUUCUUUUCCCUCUUUUAUUUACUCUUGCUUCGCAGUGUACAUUCUGAUCUUGUUGGGCGUGUGGACUGACUGACACGCUUGUGUGGUCGAUACGGUGAAGGAAUAAAACUUUGCUUCCACUUCCA